AUGACCACCAACCUCACAGACUAUCUUCAGGACUCUCUCGUCGGCGAGCCCGCCCCUCAGAAGAUUUCCGCCUACUACAGUCUGGUGUUUCCCACUUUCACCUAUUAUCUCCAGACGCUCAACGUUACCAUCGGUCGUCGAUGCAUCCCCUGUUCUUCCGCAUCUUCUUCAGACAAUCCUCAGGUAGACGUCGACCUUGGUCCUCUGAAGAGUGUAUCACGCCUCCAUGCCAAGAUUGAAUACGAAGAGGAGGAGGAACGCUUUGUACUUGUCGUUAUUGGCAGGAAUGGUGCAUGGGUUGAUGGGGUCUGGUCUGGGAGCGGGAGCAAGGUUCCCCUGGGCGAGAGAUCACAAAUACAGAUUGCAUCGCGGACAUUCCAUUUCGUGCUCCCACCUCCUCCCGCUCCCGAGGAUUCCCCAUCUCCAAGCUCUCAGUCCUCAGUUGAGAACCGUCCGCGCUCUCCGUCUGUGGAUAUAGUCGACGUCACCUCGAUUUCGCCUCCUUCAUCGCUUCCGUCCUGUUCGCCUCCACCUGCUGUCGUCCUGCCUGCCCCUCCGAAGAUACCACCACGAGCUGGGACUCAGCUACCCAACUCAAACACUAUUAGGCACAAAUCCAAUACGAAGAAACGCAAGAAGUCGGAUCCUCAAAAUUCUCUCCCCCUUCCGCCAGAAGUGAUCCCUCCGAAACCGCAGCUCACAUAUGCCCAAUUAUGCUACCGCGCCAUCAAGGCGCUUGGAGGGAAGGGUUCGCUUCAGGAUAUAUGUCAUUGGAUCAAGGAGACGUAUGAGUGGUAUAAAUAUUGCGGGAAGGACUGGGAGAGCUCCGUUCGGCACAACUUGUCGUCGAAUCCAGGUUUCAAGAAACUGUUAAGAUCGAAGGAUGAGAAAGGCAAGGGUGCUUUAUGGGUGAUUGACGAAGCUUUUGAACACACGUUCGAGGAGCUGGACGCCAAGAGGCAAGCUGCGGCUGCCUUGGCUGCUUCUGGCGGCGUCGAUGGAAAGGCGAUUGGCAAGAGAGGCAGGGUCGUGAUUCCACUGGAACCUCCGUUCAAGAGAAGCGUCAAGGGAGAUUUGAAAGGAAUGCCCCUUCCGCCACCAUUGACUUCGACUCCCCUCACCUUGAAGACGAACUCUCACUCUCCAGCUAAUACAGCGCCUCCAUCCACUUCAGACACACCCCCGAUUACACUCGCUUCCUCCGAUUCCACGGUGAAGCUUGAGACCCCCGCACUCCACAUUCCUGCAUCGCGGGGGUUAUCAUCCUCGUCCACUGCGUCCAUCGUUACUCCCUCUCCAGGCCUGAAUAACGCGACUGCGGUAACUCCCGAAGAGUCUGCGUCCACACGGCCAUCUGCGACACCCUUCCCUGCGAUACCUGCCUCUGUCCGUAUCCCUAUAAUAAUUGGCCCAGUCCCACCCUCUUCGCCUCCUCAAAGCUCCGACCCCGCCUCGUCCACUCCGAAGCCAAUUGUUCUUCAUGACAAUACUCUCAUCCUCAAUCCCGAAAUUUUUUCGCAUCUCACUCCGGAGCACCUGAAAGAUUUAGAGGGGCUUGGUGCGCAGAAAGCUCUUGAGAUCCUGCAGAGUUACAUCGUCAGGUAUUACAAGGAGAAACUGAAAGCGGAAGGUGGGAGGGGUCGAGGCAGAGGAAGACCGAGGAGAGGAAGAGGAGCUGCGGGAGGUAGGGGUUCUACGUCAGCGGGCGCACACCCUCGAACAGAUGCUCCUACUGCAGGCCCCUUCGCCCCAGCACCCCUCCUACCUCCAGCUGUGGAACCACUACCGAUGACGGCAAUGGCACAUGAGACGCCCGCACAUCCCAAUAGCGAUGUUGCAUUCAUUCGUACGACACCGACAUCGGACGUACUUUGGCAGGCCGUUGAUGCAGCACCAUCUCCCAUCGUUGUGAUAGACGACGAUCCUGCGGAAGAAGAAGGUCCGGCCAUGAAGAGGAGACGCCUGGAGAAUGGGAUGAGCGUGUCCACAUCCGCCACAUAG